AAGAAUAAUUUGUCAUUGCAUGAUUUCCAUCAUCCUAAUAUAUGUUUCCUCAAUCCCCGGCCACUUCAUCUUCACCAACCAGGUAUUGUUCUUCUUACUUGUAGUCUACUAUUAAAUCUCUUUUUACUUUCAUCAACAAAUAUUCCACCAACAAUGGAAAAAAAUCAUGAAGAACCAAUUCUAGUCCCUGAAGAAGAGGUACAACUCCUCAUUCAAACCCUUGAAAAAGCAAGCACAAGCCUGAUCAGUACUAAUAAGUUAAUAAAGUAUGAAGGCUUCUGGUAUCCUGCAUCAGAUGAAAGUCUAAAGAACAUCCUCAUGUUCCAAAGACACUUCUGUGCUCGAGAUUCCGAUCUCAUCCUCGCCAGCCACCCGAAAACCGGAACCACUUGGUUGAAAUCUUUACUCUUUGCUACUGUCAAUCGUAACAACUAUCCAAAACAUGAUAACCCUUUGUUUAAAAACCACCCACACGAACUUGUAUAUCGUCUAGAGAACAACAUUUAUGACGAGGUUCAUAAUCACUACCCUCGCCCGCAUCAUCUUAAUGAGCUGCCUUCCCCUAGGCUUUUUAAUAGCCACUUACCCUACUCAUCUCUUCCUGAGUCCAUUUCAACAACUAAAUGUCGCAUUUUGUACCUCUGUCGAAAUCCCUUGGACACGCUUGUGUCCUUGUAUUACUUUGUACUUAAUAUCAUAAAGAAGAAAAAAGGUGGUGAAGAUUUUCAACCUCCUAGUUUGGAGGAUUUCUUUGAGGAUUUCUAUGAUGGGAGAGCUAUACAUGGUCCUUACUUCGACAAUGUUGUUGAGUAUUGGAAGCUGAGUUUGGAGCAACCUCAGAAGGUGUUUUUCAUGAAGUAUGAAGAUCUCAAAAAGGAUUCGGAAAGUCAUGUAAAGAAGUUAGCUGAAUUUGUGGGUGUGCCAUUUACUAUGGAAGAGGAGAGGGAAGGUGUGAUACAAGAGAUAAUUGAAUUAUGCAGCAUCAAAAAGUUGAAAGAAUUGGAGGUUAAUAAGAAUGGAGCGAUUAACAAGAUUUUUGACAAGGAGAGUUACUUUAGGAAAGGGAACGUGGGAGAUGGGAUCCAUUAUUUUACACCUAAUAUGGUGGAGAGGAUGAAUAAACUCACACAACAAAAACUUCAGGGCACUGGUUUGUCACUUUAAUUUAAUGAUGUGAUUUGAUGGUUUUCAGAGUUUUUGGGAAUAAUGUUUGACUAGUUUAAGUGCUUAUUACAUUAUUUUUGUUGUUAUUGUCUUCUUUAUUGUUGCUGCAGCAAUAGUUUCAUUAUUGCUGUAAUGUUUUCUCAUAUUAAUAAAGUGGAUGGGUAGAGUAGUAAAGUCCUUCCAUCUUUUAUGCAACCACGCGUCUAUAGUUUCCUUCAUAUGAUCCGUUGCAACCCUUAUAAAUUUUAUGUGGUAUAAUUGAACUAGUCUCGGUUAGGGCUGAUAAUGAGUUCAGACAGCUCACGAGCAACUCGAACUCGACUCGGUCAAAGCUCGACUCGACAGGUUAACGAGUCGAGUCAAGCAACUCAAUACUCGACUCGAGAAGCUCGUGAGAUACUCGAAAAAAAUUUAUAUAUAUAUAUACUUUUUAUUUUUUAAGAAAUUUUAACUUUUCUUUCUA